AUGGGACAGGUGGGUUUCCGUCACGAUUUCUACGGGAUCGUGGUUCGCAUGUUCUGUCUCGAUAUCGAUCUUGAGUUGGAGAGGAGGGGAGAGAAUGGUCGUGGGGGUCUCUCAAUCGAUAUGGAGGAGGAGUUGGUCGUGGGCGGAAGAAAUUCGUGCCUGGUAGGCGGUGGUAGAAGCGAGUUGGGCGGCGGUCGCUGGUACUUGCUUGCUGCAACGCUGCGUCUGAGACAAAGCAGUGGAGGUCUGGAGACUGGAGUCGAGAACGACGGUGGUGUCCUCGGCGCCGCAGGGUGGGAGAGUGAGCCUGGAGGUGGAGUCGUGGAGUCGGCCCGCCCGCCCUGA